CUAGUUGUGGCGUCAUAUCUUAGCGCCUGGCUUGACGAGGUCACAGUGUUUACACGUGUCUGUUCCUCUCACCUGAUUUUCCUCAGGUGUGGGCGUGGUUUGAUGGUGGAACCAUGAACAGUGUUGGGGAGGAAUGUACAGAGCUGAAACGGGACUAUGACCAAUGCUUUAACCGCUGGUUUGCAGAGAAGUUUUUGAAGGGAAAUCGCAGCGCUGAUCCGUGCGUGGAGCUUUUUAAAAGUUAUCAACAAUGUGUCAAGAAAGCCAUUAAAGAGAAAGAGAUUCCUGUUGAAGGUUUGGAGUUUAUGGGCCAUAACAAAGAAAAAUCAGAAACUUCACCUUGAUUUGUGUCUAUGAACAUUACGUGGACAUAUGAUACUUGUGUCUAUGAACAUUAUAUGGACAGAUGAUACUUGUACAGGAUCAAGUAGGAAUAUCUCGUCUAAUGGACACUGCGUGUGAUGUUUUUAUUUAUUUAUUUUUUUGGACUGUGUUAACUUGUGUGUAUUUUUUGCAGUGUGAAAAUGGGAACGGCAGAUGAAUCUGAUGAGUGUGGUCUGUCUCUGUCUUAUCAUUAGAGACUCAGAUGCUGGCAUAACUUGAACUGAGAUGUAAACUAGUCAUAACCAGUUCUGAUUUGUACGGGCACUGAGCAGACUCAGGAUGUAGAUGUUAGAACUCUGCUCUUGGGUCACUGGUAGACCCAAUGAAAGGUUUAUAAAUUUCCUGAGGCUAUAUGUCUACUUUUUGGAAUGACCGUUUUUCUUUUUAAACACAGUUUUAAGUGUAAAAAAGGACUGUUAUUCAGCACACAUUUUAAUAUUCUAAGGCAGAGAUGAGUGAUCACUGUUAAAUUGUUAAAGUACAAACAUUCCCUUACAUUUUGUGCUCAACCAGCUACAUUGGGGGUAGUGGUUGGCAAACUUAGUGUUGCCUUAUCCUUUUUUGGUAUGUGGAUUUGAAGGUGGUAUAUGUUAUUUGCCAAAGAACUUCUGCAUCUUUUUUAUUUCCUGCAAACACUUUGCAGUCUGUACCUUUUUAAGUAGAAACGGUUAUAAGUUCAUAGCUUUUGCACUUUAAUUACAUAAUACACUGGUCAGAAUAUGAAAAUAUUGUUUUGAUGAAUAGUGGUUAGAGUGAUAAAUUAGGAGGGCCCUUGUACACUGCUCAGAGUAAACUUAUGACCUGUGUAUGUGUCCUGUUCAUGGAAACAGUAAUAUACAUUUGAUAGUAUUAGAUGGCUUUCAGCCUGUUAGUGUGCUGUACAAAUGCUCUGCUUAAAGAGGAACAAUUAUGAGAAAUACAAAUUCAGGUUCUUCAUUUAUUACCAAAGAACAAGCAGGGCUUUGAUGUUCAUGUCACCAGCAGGUAUAACUCUCUCGGCUACCCAGCACAUUUGAAGAGCAUUUAAACAUUUUAUUUGAUGCAUUUGUAGAUUUUUGUAGGGUACAGAAUGUGGAUCCAUGAAACUACAUGGCUUUUUUUUUUCUUCAAGCCAAUAGAAGACAGUUUUGACUGUGUAAGGGCUUCACUGUUUUGAUAUUCCCAGAUAUAGGACUUUAAUAACAUGGCUUGUUGCUACGGAUCAUGUAUGAAAACAUUAGUGAAAGAAACUUGUCAAAUGUUCUGAUUGGAAAGUUGGGGAUUUGUUACAGAGCAUGGUGUUUAGCAACAAAACACCCCGGGUUCAUUUCUAGGUAUUGGUUGGAUUGAUACUUGCAUGUGGUGUUUGAGAAUAACUUCGUCAUGUAAGACUGGUGCUGUAAAACAAAGGAUACUGGAAUAAUGAUUGUCAAAAAAAAACUGUAUGACUGUAAAAUUUUUUUUUUUGCAAAAAAAAAAAACAAUGCAUUCUGCGGAUUCUGAUUUCUGUAUGGGGGAACCUUGGUUCUCUUUAAGUUACUGGGUUUGACUCCCAUAGUCUGUUUUUGUAAUGCUGUGCUCUGAGAAAGCUGCUGACUAUCCCUCCUUGGUUGCAUAAGGUGAGCUACAUCUCCUUGGUGAUGUUUUGUAAUCAUUGUAAUGAAAGUAUGUAAAACCUAAACUGGUUUUGCAGACUUGUCAGUUUUUAAAGGGGUAAAAUAAAUUAAGGCUCGUCAUUUUUUCCAGACAUUUGUGAGAUGCUGAAAUCAUUUUUCCCCAUUGAUUAGUGUGGUGAGGGAAUUGAGUUGUAUUGGAAGGGGAUGUGUGGGAAAUGUGAUUUCUCUAUUAAGUAUUAUAAAACAUUUGGACCAAAACAAAAACAUUGAUAAAGAGUUGCAAGCAAGUGGCUAUUCAUCAUGCCCAGGUAGCCUUAAGCUUGGUAUUCUAUGUGGGCCUUACCCUGAACAGCCCUCAGCAGUCCCCAGGUGUUGUAUGCUGGUUAACUGGUAUAGCCUUCCUGCCACCCCUGUUCUGCAAUUUUGAGGCCCCUGCAAUUAUUUUAAUAAAUUGUUCUUUGUGCUUUUCAAGGAAAUGUCUCCCUGGUGUUGGUCUGAUGAUACAAUAGUAGUGGUAUCUGCAUCUUGGUGACCUAACUUCCUCAGUGAGCCUGUGCAUCAGAGGGGAUGCAGCUGAAUGUCGGGGGGGGGGCAAUUAUAUCACUUAAGCAGUCACCCCAAGGAAUAUGUGUUCCUGUCCAGAAAGCUUAGUGGCCCACAGCUUUUUUUUUGGGGGGGGGGGGGGGCUGUUGUUGGGUGCAUUUGUAUAAGUAACCACCAUCUGCAGGUUACAGCAUGGAAACAAUGUCUCUACUGCCUUAUUUGGGCCCUCAACAUUUGUUGUCCUCAUUUUUUUUUAUCAUUCCUUUACAAAAGACAUGGGGGGGUAAGAAAUCCUGACUGUGUAGCUGGGGUGGAUUCCAGCUUGGGCCUCAACUGCUUUGUAUGUCGGUGGUGAUGAGAUUGUUUGACUCUUGACUAAUUUUCAUACUGUUUUUAAAGUACUUGACCAUAUUUUUUAAUAAAACCAUAUAUACUUUGCCAUAA